UCGCCCCAGCCCCGGGAAUUUCCCGGCCGCGCACAUAAAGGUCCGGAGAGCCGGGACAGACACCCAACAUCGCCCAGGCCUGCCAGACCUGCCAGACCCAGACUCCGACAGACAGACAGACAGAUCUGCCCGCCAUGAGCCGCAGCCUCGACCUCCCCUCUUCCUCCUCUUCCCGCUCCCCCUCCCCGGGGCUCCCCCAGAAGCUGCCGCUGCUGCUGCUGCCGCUGCUGCUGCUGCUGCACGUGUCGGCUCAGCGCGCCCAAGCCGCCCCUCCUGGCACAGAGCUGCGCUGCCAGUGUGUGAAGACCACGCAGGGCAUCCAUCACUCCAACAUGGCCAAAGUGGAAGUCAUCCCCGCGGGACCCUCCUGUGCCAACGUCGAAGUCAUAGUCACCUUGAAGAAUGGAAAGAAUGUCUGUUUGAACCCCGAUGCCCCCCGAGUCAAAAAACUCAUCGAAAAGAUGCUAAACGGAAAAGAAGGAAAGAACUGAUAAAGUCCAACAGCACCUCUCCAGGUGAAGAGCUCCAGAUUUGCCGGAGUUUAACCUGUCUGGAAGUUCUGAUGUGACGGGCCAAAGCAAUAAGAAAAUUUCCCCUGUGUGAAAUGCUGCAGUCUGCAUAAUCUAUUUAUUAUGUGUUGGUAUAUUGAGGAAGUUAUUUAAUGUAUUUAUUGAAAUGUUGUGGCCCUUAUAACAGGCGACCUCUUGGGCGUCUCUCUUUGAAGGGCCAGCAGUUAUUAUUAGAACAGUGCCCAGUGCUUAGAACAGUGCUUGACACAUAGUAAGCGUUUAACAAGUACCAUAAUUACUAUCAUUAUUAUCUGGUGACCUGUGAAUGUGUUUUGGGAUGAUUACGGUUGCCAGUCUCUAAAGUUAGGGAUUAUAGACCACUCCAUAUUUUAUUAAUACUGAAGAGGGUGGGCUUUAGGAUGCGAAGGAAACACUCCGUAUUGUAAAGUUGCAGAGAGGGAGGUGGGGGUAAGAGGGCAAAAUUAGGCCUUCCCCUUUCCCAUCCCACUUUCCCAUCCAUCGACAUCUACCUGGGUCCUGUCAAAAGAUCCCGUGAUUUCUAACUGUGACCCGAGAGGUUUUCGUGUUUGAAUUAUUUACAUCAGAAUUCUUAAGUGUUUGAAUUCUAAGGGAACUAAUAUGCUGUUCCCCCAUCACUUAGACAUACUAUGUCUUCCUGGUAUGGCAUAAUGUCAUGAUUAACUCUACUGCUGAUGUUAAGGUGAUGACGUGGCUUCAUCAGACUUUAUUAGUAGGGAAAAAAUUGUGUACAAAUAUUUAUUAGUUGUUUUAGUAUAGAUUCCUUAGUAACGUUUCUAUUCACUGAAUGUGUAUGCAGAAAUCGAAGAGGGCCAUAAGUAAACCGUUGCAUACUUAAUCACCAUUACUUGGGAAAAUACAUUUUUAGGAUAACAUUUUGGCAGAUGUGUCUUCCGUAUGGUAAAUCAGUUCAGUGAUAAGUCAAUUUUCUCUCUGCCAAGGGAUUAGAAAAUGCCUUUAAAAUUUUUAGUUAAGCUUACUAUGUAUCUUUCAAAUAAAACAAAAUGAUUGUAUCCCCUAGAAAGCUGAAUCUUUAACAAAACCACCGUAGAAUAUGUUAAGGAAGAAAAGAGACUUUUACUCUGAGCCCCUAUGUGGGACAGGGACCGUUUCUGCUACGUUUAACUUGUAUCCUAGUGCUUAGCAUGGGACUCGGUACAGAGUGUGCACUUAUUAAAUACUAUAAUCAUUAUGCAUUCUAUAUAUUAAAAUGGAGUUUUCACUGUAUUUUCCUUGCGGGCUGAUCUUGUUUGGUUCUCUGGGGGAAAACUAAUAAAGAUAUGUUUUCUAAACUUAA